UGUUUUAUCUCCAACUUGGACAUCAUGGCUGUCUGGUCCACGGUUUUCAGUGUACAGCUGUCAGUUCCUGUCAUCUUGGUCAGGUCGAAUGUGGUCUUUUUUCAUGGGGCUUUACCUAGCCUCUAUAUCCGCGGAGUCCACUCAACCUAGCGCUACCUACGGAUUAGCAAGAGGUGGCGCUGUUCUACUAUGUGGAGCUUUUAUUGGCGACUGGGUCGACGUCACGCCUAGGUUAAAAGCUGCGACCAUGAUCAUGAUUCUCCAGAAUGUGUUGGUGAUGGCGUGUUCUGGCACCAUCCUGAUCACGGCCCUGUGUGGGGGCAGGGAGAUGCUGUACCACGUGUACGUCCCCGUGGUCUGUCUGUCCGUGCUGUCCCGCCUCAUGAAGGAGGGGCGGGUCCUGGUGGUGGAGAGGGACUGGGUGGUGGAGCUGUGUUCUAGGGAGGAGCAUCAUCUGGCAGUUAUGACGUCAUCCUUCCGUCGUAUCGAUCUCCUGACCAAGAUGCUGGCGCCAAUUGUGACGGGUCACGUGAUGGGGUACGCUGGCAUCAACAUGGGGUGUGUGUUGAUCAUCGUCUGGACCUCAGUGUCCCUUGGGGUGGAAUAUUACCUCAUCAGGCGAGUCUACAGCCUCGUUCCCGUCUUGAUGGAGAAGAAAAACAUUGCUGGCAGUAUGGGUUUAAAUGGUGAGAAGAACCACAGUUUGUUAAAUACAGAUUUGACGUCUUUGGAGGAAGAAGACACAUCAUCCAGGGAUCUGGCACAAACCAGGAAUGGAAAAGCUGUACCCAAGUGCAAAUGCGCUGAUGGCGUCACCAAACGAAUUUUCGCCCAGUUUCUUGUACUGUAUCGCGGGUUCAAAACUUACGUGGCAUAUGACGUCGUCUUCGCCGGACUGGCUUUAGCAUCACUUUAUCUCACCGUGCUUGGUUUUGAUGAGAUAACCAUUGGUUACGCCACAUCACAAGGCUUGGACGAGUCUCUGCUAGGCACCCUGAUGGGCGUGGGCGCAGGUUUUGGUAUCAUCGCCACCUUCACAUACCCCUACAUAGUCAGGAGGGUGGGGCUACCCUACACGGGCGUCAUGGCGCUAGGUUUGCAGGUCUUGUGUUUAACCUUGUGCGUCAUUGCCGUCUGGCUACCCGGAAGUCCUUUCGAUCUCACUUUGGAAACCAACAUAGACAAAAACACGGAACUGAACUCUUCUGAUACAAGAUACAACUCUUCCAGUACCGUGUACAUCAAGCCAAUACAUACAUAUAUCAAUACAAGCAAUGUAUCAGUGGACUACCCAAUGGAUAUCUUAGGGAAUUCGACAUCUCUGAAUGUUAGCGCGCUCAACGCUGAGAGAAACAUCACGCGGACAUACAGAACAGAGGCAACUGUAUCUAUCUGGGUCAUGAUGGCUGGGGUGGUACUUGCACGGUUUGGUCUAUGGACGGCUGACUUGACCAUCACACAGGUCUAUGGACGGCUGACUUUAAACUCCACAGGUCUAUGGACGGCUGACUUGACCAUCACACAGAUCUACUUGGACGCCGUGGCACCGACACAGCGUGGGAUCGUCAACGGGGUGCAGGGGUCACUGAACCAGCUGAUGGACCUGGUCAAGUACGGCCUGGUCCACGCGGCGCCCCACCCCCACCAGUUCGGCCUGCUGACCCUCGUCUCCUACACCUUCAUCCUCACAGGCUGGGCCCUGGUGUGUCUGUACGCACUCAAAGCAGCCAGGCGCCGGAAAUCCGGUUAUUAGUCACUGG